GCGCUAUUAUGACCGAGAAACCGAAUAUUCGGUGGGAUGAUGUUGCUGGAUUAGAGGUUGCCAAAGAAGCAUUAAAAGAAGCAGUAAUUUUGCCGAUAAAAUUUCCUCAUUUGUUCACUGGCAAACGAAAACCAUGGUCAGGCAUCUUACUUUACGGACCACCCGGUACUGGUAAAACUUACCUUGCUAAAGCAGUUGCAACCGAGGCAAAUGCAACAUUUUUUUCGGUUUCCUCGUCAGAUUUAGUUUCUAAAUGGAUGGGCGAAAGUGAGCGGCUAGUGAAAAAUCUUUUUGCAAUGGCACGUGAAAGUAAGCCCGCGAUUAUUUUUAUUGAUGAGAUCGACGCUCUUUGUGGUCAACGCGGCGAAGGUGAAAGUGAAGCAAGCAGAAGAAUUAAGACAGAAUUCUUGGUACAAAUGAAUGGAGCAGCCAAUGAUUCUACCGGAGUUCUUGUAUUGGGCGCGACUAAUAUCCCGUGGCAAUUGGACGCUGCAAUUCGGCGGCGUUUUGAGAAACGAAUAUACAUUCCACUUCCGGAGGCUUCAGCACGGGCACACAUGUUUGAACUGAAUAUAGGGGAUACUCCUUGUGAAUUAAAACAACAAGAUUUCAAGACGCUGGCUGAGAAAUGUGAAGGAUAUUCUGGAUCUGAUAUCGCUGUUGUGGUACGCGAUGCGCUAAUGCAACCAAUUCGUAAAGUACAAACAGCUACUCAUUUUAAAUGGGUUGAUUCACCUUCUCGAGAUGAUCCUUCCGUCGUUAAACCACACUUAACACCAUGUUCACCAGGCGAUCCAGAUGCUAAAGAAAUGACUUGGAUGGAAGUCGAACCAGAACAACUCUUAGAGCCAGUGGUUGGAAUGAGUGAUUUCUUGCGAGCCAUACAAGUAUCGAGGCCAACAGUGAAUGAAAAAGACAUUGAACAACAUACAAAGUUCACCGAAGACUUUGGUCAAGAGG